AUGGGAGGGGAAUCAUCUUGGAGACCCACCUACCAAAAUCCCCGCCACUACAGCUUUCGUCAACGGCUUCACCUCUUCACUGGGAAGCCUUCGCCGCCAAGCACAACCUUCUCUCCCUGUUGGAAUCUACCAUCUUCUACAUCUUUAAGAGCCAUCAGAAUCCCUUCUGAUUCCUCCCGUAAAAUAUCCGUCCGAUUUUUAAACUCUCUGUCUUUCGACUGCGGAUCGCCUUUUUCAUCCGUUUACACUUCUCGUCGGAUCCACAGGUUUGGGAAGAGACUUGUCUCUCUUCGGCAAGAAGGGUCUUUGCAAGAGCUCGAUGAAUCGCCCAUUUCCAUUGAGCUCGAACCCAUUUCUAGCGAAACCAUGUUCGAUCGGGUUAUUACAGAGGCUCAGAAGCCCGACGAUGCGGUCGUAAUUGUUUGGAUGGCUAAUUGGUGCAGAAAAUGCAUAUAUUUGAAACCACAACUGGAAAAGUUGGCAGCAGAGUAUUACCCAGGAUUGCGGUUCUACCAUGUUGACGUUAAUACAGUUAGCCAUAAACUUGUUGAACGGGCAGGUGUCGCUAAAAUGCCAACCAUACAACUAUGGAUGAAUGGUGAGAAACGAGGUCAACUCAUUGGGGGGCAUAAAGCGCAUCUGGUAAUAAAUGAAAUUCGGCAGAUGAUUGAGGAUGGGGGCACUGAAUGAGUUAGUAUUGCAGCAGGCAAUUUUUUAUAUGGAUUUUUUGUUCUCAUAAUAACAGCUUGGUUCGUCCCACUUCUCCUCCUAAAUCUGGUCCCUGACAAGUAGGGUUUUCUCCCUAAAUCUUGUCCUGACAAGUGGGGUUUACCCGUCUUAAGGUCAAAUCUUUCUCCUUGCGUUUACUACGUUGUUGCAGUAGAGAAGUAGAACGCCACGAUCUGAUGUUUAUGUCCCUGUUUGGUGGGGCGGUCCACCAGUUAUAGUGUAGUUUAUAAGUGUAAUAAGUCAGUUUGUAAAUUUGAGAGUUGUUUAGAACAGUUUUUGCCAAUUUAACUUAUGAGCCAUAAGCUGUUUUUUAAAGUACAA